UAAAUUUGUAAAAGCUAAUUUAUCAUGGAUAAGUCUAUAAGUCAAAAAGAAUAUUUAAAGAAGUAUUUAUCUUCUGGAAAUGAAAAAGAAAAAAAGAAGAAAAAGAAACUCAAAGUUGGUCAAAAAACAGUAAAAAUCAUAGAUGAUGACAUAGACCUCAAGAAGCUCAGACCAAUCGAAGAUGGUGAAUUUGACAUAUUCAUCAAUGGAGAGGAUGCACCUCAAAUAGCAGGAAUAAUUGACGAACGCGGGCCAGUUGAUUUCUCCGACAAGAGAAAGUGGAAAAUUAUAGCCGAUAACGAAGAUGGAGAAUUGCGGUUUAAAAGUAGCGAGAGAGAACAACAGCACGAAUCUGCUGUAUCGUCUAAAAAGGAAGGAGAAAUUAAAAGACGUAAAAAAGUCUAUGACUCGGAUUUGAGUCCACUUAGAAAAAGUAAAACGAAUGAAGAUUCGGACGAUAGUAUACCAAGGAGAAGUAAACAGAAUAAUCGAUCAGAGUUUAAACAUUCUAAGAAAACUAAGCAUGAUUAUGAUUCGGAUUUGAGUCCACCUAGAAGAAGUAAAAAAGGCGAUGAUUCGGAUUUGAGUCCACCUAGAAAAAGCAAAAAGGGCAAUGAUUCGGAUUUGAGUCCACCUAGAAAAAGCAAAAAGGGCAAUGAUUCGGAUUUGAGUCCGCCUAGAAGAAGCAAAAAAGGCGAUGAUUCGGAUUUGAGUCCGCCUAGAAGAAGCAAAAAAGGCGAUGAUUCGGAUUUGAGUCCGCCUAGAAAAAAUAAGAAGGACGAUGAUUCGGAUUUAAGUCCACCUAGAAAAAGUAGAAAGGACGAAGAUUCUGAUUUGAGUCCACCUAGAAAAAAUAAAAGACAGCAUGAUUCCAAAAGUAAACAAUUUAGAGAUUUAUCUAAAUCUCAUAAAAAAUACAGUAAAAAGGGUUCAAGUUCUUUUCAUAAAUAUAAGGAUUAUGACAGUGAUCAAAGUCCACCUAGGCAAUCAAAACAUGAAAGACAUUCUUCAGAAAAGAUUAAAAAGAAUAGAUGGAAAAAUCAUGAUAGUCAUUAUAAACAUCACACAAAAUAUAGUAAUUCUCGACAAAAAGAAAAUUCCUCAAAAUGGGAUGAUCAAACUGAUAGAAGUGAGUCGACCAAUCGUGAAAAUUCACACGACACAAAAAUGAAGAAAACUUUAAGCGGUAAGAGUGCUGGUUUGCAGGAUGCAAAAUCAUUACGCGAAGAAUCAGAGGCUUUCAAAAAACGUGAGGCUGAAAUGUUUAAUAAGUUAAGUAAAGAAAUCACUGGUGCUGGUCAAAAGGCAAUUUUACGAGAUUCUAAAACUGGAAGAAGACGUAAUUUAGAAGCUGAAGCGGCUGUAGAACGUGAAAAACAAAAGCGUCAAGAAGAAUUGAAUGAAAAAUAUGAAAAAUGGGGUAAAGGAUUGAAACAAGUAGAAGAUAAAGAAGAAAAAUUAAAGAAUUAUCUUCAUGAAAUAAGCAAACCAUUGGCAAGAUAUGCAGAUGAUGCUGAUUUAGACAAAGCACUUAGGGAACAAGAAAAAGAAGGUGAUCCAAUGUUAGAAUAUAUUAGGAAGAAAAAAAUAAAAGAAGGAAAAAUAAAACCUGAUGAACUACGAUAUCAGGGAUCUUUCAUGCCUAAUCGUUUUGGUAUUAAACCUGGUCAUCGUUGGGACGGAGUCGAUAGAAGCAACGGCUACGAAAAGAAGUGGUUCGAAGCACAGAAUGCAAAAACAGCAUUGCAAGAGGAAGCAUAUAAAUGGAGUACAGCUGAUAUGUAAUAUAUAUAUUCUAUAUAUUUUUUAGAAAUCAAAACUUUCCUUGUUAUAGUUUCAAGAUUAUUUCAGAUGAUAAUUUUCAAACGAUAUUGAUAAAAUGUAUAUUAUUCUUUAAUAUCGGGUUCUAUAUGCAUUCUAAAGAUAUAGAACAUGAUUUGAAGAAAAAAUUAAUUAAAUGAACAGAGAAAAACAUAUAAUUAUAUUUUAUAAUGAAAGCUCUAUGUAACAUAGGUUCCUUCUUCGUUCAACCAUUGCUCGAAUUGCCAUAAGUUCGUUUUUAUCCAUUUGAUAUUAUUUUCGAUAUCUUCAAUCACAUUUUUUUUCAUAUUUGCAUUUGGGCCAGUAUUUGAAUAUUUAUUGAAGAAAUCUUUUACCUGCGAAAUCAACGUAUAAAAAUAAAAAUCGAUCGAAUUUUUAUUCAAACGAAAUACCUCCUUCAAUUUUUCUUCGUCUUUGAAUAAAGAGAUAGCUGCUCCGAUAGCUGCGUCCACAGCGUGAUCGUUUAAUGCAAAUUUCUCGAUUAAAUUUUCCCAAUGAUUUCUAUAUACGAUGUAU